UGUUUAUUUGAAGUUGUCAUGGGUUAGUGGAAACUUGAUACGAGCAAGUACUGAUAAAAUUCUGCUGUAAAACGUAGUUUUAGUUCAAGUUUUGAGGUGGUAGAGAGAGGGUGAUGGUAAUAAAUCUUAUUAUUAGGAAGGUCUCAAACAACCUCUGAUGUUUUCGACACCAUAAUGACUUCCUGACACCAUACUUCAAAAUUUCAUGUAUUUUUGACCGAGGUGGAAUCCGAAAAUGUCCGGAUAUUGGAGCAAACUACCCCUUUUCACUUUGGCCGUCUGGUGUCUAGUGGCAGCCGAAGAGUUCACUGAUAACAUCCAAGAACACGAGUGGGGUCCACCACCACCCUCUAAGCGCAAGAUCUCGUUGAAUAAUAAUUCACUUUUUCUCGGAGAAAGGAGGUCUGAUGAUGAGGUGAUAUUCGAGACGGAAGUAGAUUUAAAAGGCGAGCCUGAAAACGUACUAGAACACACGGUCAACUUCCCGAAAUGGGGUUUUACGAAUGAUAAGAUUAUCAACUUCAUAUCGAUCAUCGACGUCAAUCUGUGGGAGGAGGGCGGGACAGCAACGAUUACUAGUGGAGGCGUCAACGCGACACACGUAACGAUUCACUUGAGAUCCCAGCCAGGGAGACACCUCGAUUUCCAGAUCGUCGUCCGUGGAAGAAAAUCCUAAGCACUGACGUCUCUAGUCGUCAAAUCGAUGGAAGUAUCGUAAAACGUCGUAGAGAUAGUGAACAGGACUCCAUAAACAACAAUUUGAAUUUUAAAGCCAUGAAAUUGCCAGGUCGGUGAUUUGAAGGAGAGCUUUGGAAACGCAUCCUCCACUCGAGUUUGUAAAGCAUCGCAAAUGGAGGAAUCUGAUGAUAGGGUCACAUAUGUUUUCGGUCAUUCAAUUUAUGAAGCAGUGAAAAUUUAAAUAGCA